AUGGUUCGCUCUCAUGCUGGCCGAGGAGCUUUGCUAUCCUCAAAUCUUCCCCAGCUUCAGAACCUGAUUAAGAGAGACCCAUCGGCAUACAAGGAGGAAUUUCUCCAGCAAUGGAACCACUACAAGAGUAUUCUGAGCAUCUUCCAGGCAAACCCUGUCGAACAGUCAGAACAAUUCAGAGAUAUGAUUACUUUCAUCUCUCAGGUCUCACCAUGUUAUCCGAAAGAGACAGCCAAUUUUUCUGAGGAGUUGUCAAGUCUGCUGCUGAAUCACUACGGCGAACUUAAUGUGGACACCAAGAAGAGCUUGAUAUCCAAUCUCAUCAUUCUUCGUAAGAAAGAUGUUAUUACACCUGUUGAUUUACUCAAGACGCUCUUUCCACUCCUCCCUCGAACAUCUUCUCCGACUCUCCGAUCUUUUAUCCGUAAAAACAUUCUUCAGGAAAUUCGCAACGCAAACGCACAAAGAAACAACCUUAAGCUUAAUCGUGCCGUCCAAGCCAUGCUUUUUCGUAUGGUCGAGCAAGGAUCAGACAUGGACUUCGUGUUUGACAAGGGCAAGAAACCUAUCCGCACGGGAGACGUGUCGCACCAUUCUGGAGAUGACGCUUUGUGGGCGGUCUUCAUGACGAAGGAUUUGUGGAGGAAAGGAAUUUGGAACGACGCAAAGUCGGUGGCAAUCAUCUCGUUAGGCUGUUUCCACCCUAUCACGAAAGUCCAAAGUGCUGCCUUGCAUUUCUUUCUUGAUGAAGAGGAUGGGGAAGACUCCAGCGAAGAGGAAGACGAGGGUCCGGAUGUCAAGGCUCUCCAGCAUAGGAGGACGAUUAACAAGAAAACAAGAAGCGGGGACAAAAAGCUUGCCAAGAGCAUCAAGACAGCAAAAAAGAAAUCAAAGUCAAAGAAAUCAGACCAAAACAACGCCAACUUCGCCGCUCUGCAACUCCUACAAGACCCACAAACAUUCGCAGAAAAGCUCUUCGACAUCCUUUCACGGUUCGACAAACGCUACACGCUCGAGCACAAAAUCCUGAAUAUGCAAGUCUUGUGUCGAGCGAUGGGAACACACCGCCUUUGUGUGCUACCCUUCUACACAUAUCUCCUCAAAUACCUCGCCGCCUCACAACUCCGUAUCCCUACGAUCCUUGCUGCACUCGCAUCGUCCGUCCACUCGCUAACUCCUCCAGACGUACUUACGCCUGUCCUCCGAAAGGUUGCGCACGAGUUCGUACACCCAGGAGUGGGCAGUGAAGUCGUCGCAGCAGGACUAAAUGCAAUUCGCGAAGUGUGUGCCAGGCAGCCGUGGGCGAUGGAGGAAGACUUGUUAGGUGACUUGGUGGAGUAUAAGAAGAGCAAGGAUAAGGGUGUGAUAGCUGCUGCGAGAGGUUUGUUACAUUUAUAUAGGCAGGAGGCACCGUCGAUGUUGAAACGGAGAGAGCGGGGCAAAGAAGCAAGCAUGAAAGGUACUGUAAUCCAACCUGUUGCUUUUGGACAAGAAGCCCGGACUGGCACCACGGUCAUUGACGGUCUCGAUCUUCUCGAGGAUCAUAUCCGUAAGAUAAAAGAAGCUGACGGCGAUGACUCUGACGCCAGUGGUGAUAAAGACGAUGAUGAAGACGGAUGGGCAGGCUGGGAAGUCGCCUCAGACUCGGAUACCUCAUCUUCUUCUGAUGGCUGGAUGGAUGUGUCGUCUGACUCGGAGCACGAUCUUGAGAUCAGUGAUAGUGAGGAUGAGAAGGACAAUAAGAAGAAACGAAAUGUCGACGACGACGAUGACAGCGAGAAAGACGAAAAGAAUGAAGACGAAAAGAAGGAUGAAGAGGAGGAGGACACGAAGAAAGAUCCUCCACAAAGCAUUAUUUUAACGCCAGCCGACUUCGCCCUUCUCAACGAACUCCGCUCAAAAAACACCUCCACACUCACCUCCAAAAAACGUAAACGCUCCCAACCUUCCCUACAAUCCACCUCCGACCCCACCACAAUCAUCUCCGAAUCAGACAUCCUCGGCGCCCAAAAGAAACUCAAAUCCACAUACGCCGAACGCAUCGCCUCUAUCCAAUCCGGUCGCGAAGGCCGCGAGAAAUUCGGUUCCGCAAAGGGCAAGAAACGCAAAGAAGCUCCGAGCAGCAGCACGAACCGCGAGAAGAAGAGGAAUAAACCGUUGAUGAUGAUUAUGGCUAGUAAGGAGGUUAGGGGGAAGAAGAAGGCUAGUUUGGUUGAGAAGCAGAGGAGGAUGAGGAAGCAUAAUGAGAACCAGCAGAAGAAGAGGAAGUAG